AUGGCGCGUCGUAUAUCUCGAACGAUACUCAAAUUUUGUAUGAAAAUUACGGAACGCGUAGAACGGAAGUGCAUUUCGUUUGAAACACUUCUAAUUUACACCUGCCAUCAUGUGGCCGCGUUUCCUCCAUUUCAAGACUUUAACGUCAGUUGUUUUGGCGCGAGUGUAAUAUGUAAAUAUGAAAAAAGGAAAAGCAACAACAACAACAACAACAUCAACUACAACAACAUCAACAAAAACAACAGCAACAACAACAAGGUUGCCAACGAGGGCAGACUUCUCCAAAAUGGUAACAUAAUCAACGAUCAAAAAAUGAUUAAAAAAAUGUUUUUAACAAAGGAACCGCUACAGAAUGAAAUCAGCAGAAAGGUACAUACGAAAGAAUUGUCUAUGCGAAGAAAAACUGGGCCAUAUCAGAGUAAAGAAGAAUGUAUGGACUUGGUGAUUAAUGACCUCAGUGAACUCAGCGAACGCCCAUUGGAGGCAGGAGAAAUACUGUUACAGGUACUGGAGAUACUGGAGAAAAACUAG